CUUAAACUGGCAGUAAUUGUAAUACUUUUACUUAUCUAUCAAUCUAUUUCACCUGCGUCGAGAUUUUUGAUGCCAACCAUGACGGAGCAGGGCAAGAUGCAGGACAUUCUUGGGAAAGUGCUGAGUUCUCUAUCUCUAGGAGCUCUACGCGAUCGUCGAGCAGAGCAACCGGCCUCCGGUUCAACGGAGUUAGGAUUUUUACCGCGGGCGCCUGAUGGUGGACAAGCAUCAUCGUCCGGUGCGGGCGCGACCAGUGGCGUCAACAAUACAUCUGCGCAGGAGCAGUCCAGCAAAUUUUGCUACGCCGAGCUGGAAAUUGUCAACGCGUACCAACACCGUCGUCAGUUUCGCUUAGCUUUUGCAGGUAUUGCCUACAACGGAAAGGAAGGUGAGGAGUUACGCUCGCGGACGGGGUUAACACCAGAAGAUGUGGUUUUGCACGAGGAUUGGGUUUGUUUCCGCUCCCGCAGUCCGAUGCUGCUUCUCCAGAUUUUUGAAGCGGUGAUGAAAAUGUGUGGUCGGACCGGAUUCCGAAUUCGGCUGAAGACUCAAAAGAUGUGCGUGACGGAGGAUAAAGUUGAGCACUUUUUCAAGGGUACAACUGCCGCGGAGAUCCGUAGCGAGAUGGUCGGAGAACAGGAAGAGGAGGAGCGCAGGGCUACACGGGGCGCGGAGAAUCUUUCGCGACAGGAGAUGGAGAAAAUGUGCGAGGGGACCCCU